GUUUGCCAUUUGCCUGUCACAGUGAGGGUGAGGGAGACAGACAAGAGCAAACUUGCCCCUGGAGCUGGGAAGUUGAAUGAAGGGCGAGCGGCUGAUGGAUACAUUGUAGCGCGGGGAGGGAGAGUUUGAUACAUUUCAGGAAAUUGAUACACUGUAUCCAGCUGGCUGGGGAAUUCCCCUCCUGCAACAUGGGCGGCUGCAGCAGGGCAGAACUUUACCAAAAGUUCCUGGCUUCCUACCAGAAGGAUUUCGUCUCCGGCAGCCUGUGUCCCUGCGCCGGGGGCGAGCAGCUCCGCCGGGGGAAGGAGCUUCUCGAUUCGACGGCCGCCCCCCGCCAGCGCUUCCCGCUGCUGGAUUUCUACCGCCUGGCGCUGGGCUUUGUGGAAGCCAAGAGCGGGGAGGGCAGCGGACAGCGGGCUCUCUUCGCCCUCGGGAAAGCCUUUGAGCUGCUGGAGCUGAUCUCCAUCAACCUGUUCCUGUGGCCCUGGAGAAAGGAGAUCAAGUCGAUCAAGACUUUCACAGGAGCCUUUGUCUACUUCAUUGAGCCAGUUUUUCCUCCCGAUGUCCUUCAAGGGAUCUUGGUGAAGAUGGGAUACACUCAGAAAGGAAUCAGUGAAUAUGUGAUCUCAAAACAGGUCAGCAAAGACACCAUUGGCCAGCUUGGGUUUGAAUGUUUCUUAGCCAGGGCUGAGUGUGUGCUGAUGCAGGAGAUGAUGGAACAAGCCGUGCACAGUAAUUGUCAAGACGUUGUGCAGGUGAGGUCUUGCUUGUCUCUCAAUCAGGCCGACUGCAUCAAACACUUGAUCGCCAUUAAAACCGGACCCAGAAAACUCAGUGAAUGGUCUGCUCCAGCAAAUGAGGGGGCCACAAAGUCAGGCUUGAGCUGUGAGGAAGGCCAUGACGAGUCUGGGCUCCCCAACUCACCCUUGCCACUCUCUGCCAACCACCACGAAACCCUCGGGCUGCGGGUAGGAGCACUCGAGGAUAGAGAGUCAGACACUGCCAACGAUCGAUUGCCCACCUCCAUGAUGUUUCCACCAGACAGCAUUGACCUGUACCGUGACUACUCCGACAUUGCCAUCGCUGGCAACUUGGGCUACUCAGGCCCUCCAAAGCUGCUUGAAGUUGUCAAUCCCAAUGGGGAAGGGGGGCAGUGUGACUCUCUGCUGCUCCUGAAACAGUCCAUGGUGCAAAAGCCUCGAUCAGAACCUCACAUCAAACUGUCUCCAGAUCAACCCCAGUCCUUGAGCUUCUUCCCCAAUUCAACUCCAAUUACAACUCCAUCGGACAGUAAGAACCUGAAGAUUAGGGACAGGGCAGAUUUCAACACAGGAGAUCUAAACGCCUCCUUGAAACAUGGUGCACUGGAUGCCACCAACCAGCUCUAUCCAGAGGACAGACCGUCCGAGAAAAACUAUCAGGCAUCAGACAACACCUCAUCCAUAAAAUAUGGCAAGUUCCUGAAUGGGAAUUCUACCAGUCGGAAAAAGGAGAGUGACCCCCCAGUGGAGAUUGAGCUGAAGCAUAUGGAUAAGGAGAAACUGCCCUAUCCAACAGCAGAGACUGCCCAGUUCCACCCCUUGAAACAGCUCCGAUCCUCGGAGGUUCAGUGUGUGGGUCUGAGCCAGGCUGAUCCAACAGGAGGGAAACGUCUUCAACAGACCCACACAGUUGACCAGCUCGCAGCCUGUCGGCCCCCCAGCCUUCCCAAGUGCUGUGUGUGUUCUCCGGUGGAGAUUCUCAGGGCCCCGACGCUGAUGGAACACUCCGAGCUCAUGAGCAACAUGCUGCAGGAUGGAGGGGGCCAGAUUGUCCGAGAGCCCCCCCAGUCUUUCUAUAUCCCGCCUGGCAGCCUGGAGGCUGGGCCACCCUCGGCCGUGUCCUGCGAUAUCUCCGGGUCUCAGAUCUGUCCUCACUGCAGCUUGGGGCCGUCUGCGAGUCAGCGCCAUAUCAUGUCCAAGGAUUGCCUAGAAAUUCAGGAGCUGUUGAUUGGAGAAAGCCCUGACCCUUACGUCUGCGUGAGCAAGUUGCCAGAGGGGAGUGUCAGCCUUGUUGAUGGUAAGUCAGUGAGGUGCAGUCACUGCAGGCAAGAUGAGGACCUUUAAACGCUGGCUUUUGGUGAGAGCCAUCCUUGGUGCUUGAGCUGAUAACUGAGCCAAACUGACUGGCCGGGUCUCCGAGCAAACUGAGCCAUCUAGUCAUAGUCCGUCCGCUUGAUCACCAAGGCGCUGGAAUUGCCACACCCCCUCAAUGCCUGGGGCAGGGAGGGGAAAUCAGCCAGGGGCUCUUACUACCCAACAAAGUGGCUGUGUGCCUGGACGUGAUUGUUCACCAGAGUUGCCAAUAGACAAGUUGCCUUCUGACUGGUCUUUCCCGAGAGAAGUGACCCACUUUAAGUGAGGAGUGCCUGAGGAGUGUUUGUAAGUGUCAGCCCCAUCAGGAGCGAUGGGGAGCACACAGUGACAACAAGCUGAUCCAGAUGUGAAAGUCUACUGCAGUGAGGAUACCCCUCCGUUUGGUCCAUUUCGUCCAAGAAGCACUUAGCCCCAGUCAUCACUCCCUCUGUUCAGUUUGUGCUAGCAAGGCCACCUUCAUUUUCACCCAGAAACCCAGAGCAAAAGCUGUAUCCACCUUGGAGAGAGAGCACAAAGGGCAAAUCAAUCAAUGAUGAGCCUAAACCUUUUUGUUUUGAAUUAGUUCCAGAAGUGUGGGUGUCACUGAGAAGUCUAACUUUAUACCAACCUCCCCCAUCCCUGGAUACCCCUGAACAGGGGUAACAGUGAGAUACAGGAGAAUCGACGUUUCGGGCAUGACCCCUUCUUCAGGAAUCAGAGCUGAAAAUGUGUUGCUGGGAAAGCGCAGCAGGUCAGGCAGCAUCCAAGGAGCAGGAGAAUCGACGUUUCGGGCAUGACGUUUCGGGUUUCCUGAAGAAGGGCUCAUGCCCGAAAUGUUGAUUCUCCUGCUCCUUGGAUGCUGCCUGAUCUGCGCUUUUCCAGCAACACAUUUUCAGCUCUGAUCUCCACCAUCUGCAGUCCUCACUUCCUCCCAACAGUGAGAUACCUUCUGUUCUCCUAGUGUUGAGAGUCCUGUCUCAGCAGUUUCAGACAGCAGUUAGGCCUCCGUCAUAUUGAUUUGAGACUGGAGUCACGUAUAGGUCCGGACUGGGUAAACACAGCAAGCUUCCUCCUUUUAAACAUCAUGAAUGAACCUGUUGUGUUUUUACAACAAAACAAUAGCUUUACAGUUGCUUUAACUGAAACCAGCUCUUUAUUUCUGGACUUUUAUUGAAAAGCUGAAUUCUCAACUUAGCAGAGGAUAUUCCAUCUCUCACUGUGGGUUACUAGUCCACAAACUAGACCACUAGGGCACCUGGAAAUGGGUAAUGGGCCACUGAUGGAAAAAAAGAUUAGAGUCCUAAAGUAAAACAAAAAGCUGAGAUCUGAAAUUAAAACAGAGAUUGUUGGAGAAACUCAGCAGAAUCAGUGGAGAGAAGACAGUGUUCAUAAUUCAGAUCCAGUAAUCGUCCUUCAGAACUGAAAGGCUAGAGUCAUACCUGACACAUAGGAAGCUGUUUGUGGUUGUUGGAGGUCAGUCAUCUCACCUCCAGGACAACUCUGCAGGAGUUUCUCAGUGCAGUGUCCUAGGCCCAACCAUCUUCAGCUUCUUCAUCACUGACCUUUCUUUCAUUGGUUUACAUUGAUCAGAAACUGAACUGGACCAGCCAUUCAAACACACUGGCUACAAGAGCAGGCCAAAGGCUAGGAAUCUUACAGCGAGUAACUCACCUCCUGACUUCCAAAAGCCUGCUACCAUCUGAGGCACAAGUCAGGAAUGGGGUGGAAUACUGCCCACUUGCCUAGAUGUGAUGGGUCCAACUACAUUCAAGAAGCACCCACUUGAUUGGUACCACAUCCACCACCUUCAUCAUUCAUUGCCUUCACCACUGUGGCAACACUGUGGAUCGUCUGUAAUAUGCACCACUCACCAAGGCUCCCUUGACAACACCUUCAAAAUCUGCCACCUCUGCAAACUAGAUGCAAAUCCAGAGGAACAUCACCAUUAAAAGCUGCCAUUGAAGCUAGAUGCAUCCAGACUUGGAAAUGUAUCGCUGUUCCUUCACUAUCACUGGGUCACAAUCCUGGAAUUCCCUCCCUCAAGGCAUUGUGGGUCUACCUACAGCGCACAGACUGCAGCUGUUCAAGAAGGCAGCUCACCCCCACCUUCUCAAGGGGGCACCAGGGACAGACAAUAAAUGCUGGCCUAGCCAGUGGUGCCUAUAUUCUGUAAUGAUUU